CCGUCUAGCGCAUCAAGGCCACUUCCAAAACCCUAUUGGUCUGAAAAUCACAUGACAAGGGCGCCUUGAAUCCAUAAUUAUGUUGCUGAUAUUUUUUGCCCCCCCCCACCUUACCCCAAAAGAUGUCAGCGUCCUACUGUCCUUACCCUCUUCUACGUAAGCGGGAUUGCUUUAAAACAUAAAGAUCGGCUCGCCCUCCGGCAAAAAUGUCAUGUCCGAACAACGUGGCGGCCGGCUCGUUUCUGAUGGACUCGCUGGUUGGAGGGACGUCUCCGUACAGAGGUGAGGGCUAUUCCGCCAACUCCGGGAUGUAUAUGCAAACGCCCGCAGAGUAUGGCUGUCAGAUGAUGAGGAGCGUGGGCAUAGUCGGCGCAUCACACUCCAAGCGGGACGAGCUGCCAGUGAGCGGCUACCACCAGCCGCAGCAGCAGCACGCGCAUUACCUGUCGCAGCAGGACGCCUGGACAGCGGGCUCUAAAACUUACAGGAGCGCGCAACCUGUUGCCCAGCCUUUGAACCCGUGUUCUUUUCCGGCCAGUCACGUCAAGGAAGAGGCUCUGCCCUGCCUGUACCAGGCUGACCUGGACAGCCCCAAGGAAUCUGCGCAGGAGCCGUCCGCUGCUACCUACAUCCGCCUGGGGGACAAUGACAGCCACACGGAUCAGAAUAGCGUCUCCGCCUCCGAUUAUUUCCGAGGAAGCCAGGUGUACGCGAGAGAGCGGGGGCAGCAGAGUGACGGCUUCGGCUCGGACUUUAACCCUGUACCCAGAAUAACGACGCCCAUCGAGGCGCAGGCUGCGGAUAGCUACGGGAAAAGCAGCAAGUCGAAGCAGGACGCGGCGGCCGAGGAAGCCCACACAGAGGAGCAGGGCACGGAUAAGAGGCAGUUCAGGAAGGAAGAGAGUGGGCCAAAGACAGACAGCUGCACAGAUGAUUCUGAGAGCGAAUUGAAAGAUGAAGUAAAGUUGGAAAACGCGACGGGGAACUGGCUAAAGGCUAAAAGUGGACGCAAGAAGAGAUGUCCUUACACAAAGCAUCAGACACUUGAGCUGGAGAAGGAGUUCUUGUUCAACAUGUACUUGACUCGAGAGCGCCGUCUGGAGAUCAGCAAGAGUAUCAACCUCACAGACAGACAGGUCAAGAUCUGGUUUCAGAACAGAAGGAUGAAGCUAAAGAAGCUCACCAGGGAAAGUCGAGUCCGGGACCUAACCGGCUACAGCUACAACUGAAGGCAGAACAAACAAACAAGCAAACAAACAAACAAACAAACAGCACACUCGCGCACGUACAUUGAAACAAAGACUGACAAAAGGACUGUGCUUUUGUAUUUACGUGAUUCAAAUUUGCCAGUGUGUUGCACGUGAAUAAAAUAUUUUGCAGCUUAUGUCUGUCGGUUGAUUUGGCGAGCACUGUGUUUUGAUUUGACGCAUUUUAUUCACGCGCAGAUUUGAAUCGUGUAAAUUCAAGGCCCAGUUGGAUCAGUGCAUUAUCCAUAUACGUGUCUCUCUCUCUCUCACUUACGUGCUUACACACAUCCAGCACAACACGGAGACCUUUGAGCAGCUCUGGCAUUUGACAAUGGUUGGGAAGAGAUUGUUUCAUAGCAGUAUUAAUUUUGGUUCUCAGUGCCCCAGCAGAUAGGCCAAGCUGAACAACGCUGCAGAUUGAAGCACUGUAAAUAUGCCAUUGGCGCACAUAUUGGCGCAAAUGUUGGUGGACGGGUGUGUCUUGCUAUAAGCAGAAGUUUGUUUUACUUUUAGCCUGCCAAACAUGAGUUGUCUAUCUGAUGUCUUAGAUUAGCGUGUUUGUCAAUUAAAGCGCGCGUGUGUCCUCAACAUGGCGUAACCCUGUAUUCUGCAUGCCUUUUGCUGUUCUUGUUCAUUUGAUUUCUAAUCCGAGAGAUAAAUAAAAAAAGUAAGGGGUUGGGAACUCGAA